AAGAAGAAGAAAAACUUCCGGUGUAGGACCGCUAACAGAAUUAGCUUGUUGUUGUUUUGCUGUGUCAGGUCAAUGUUUGAGCCUCUGUGUUAAAAAUGUAUUCAGUUCAGUCUCUGAGAGAGUUUAUCCACGAGCGACUAGCAGCUGCAGCUGAAGAAAUAUUCACACAGUUUGAAAAAAACAUCGUCCGGUACGACGAAGAGAUCAAUCGUCAGCGCAGACUGCUGGAAAUCUGCUGGCAACCACACAUCAAUUUACACAGAAUAGAUGUCAGGAAAGAUGAGAAGGUUCUGACUGACCAACAGCUCUAUAGCCAAGAGAGGACCUCCUGUUUGGACCAGGUAGAGCCAGAACCUUUACAGGAGGGACCAGAACCUCCAAAGUUGAAAGUGGAGCAGGAUGACCCAGAACAUUUACAGAUUCUAGAAGAGGAGCUCUGCAUCAGUCAGGAUGAAGAGCAAUUUGUACUGAAGCUGGAGAACGUCACCUCCCUUGCGACUGCUGCUGCUGAGGGAAGUGACCACAAUGAACCAGAAUCAAACAGCGACCAGCUUCUUUAUUGGUUUCCUGAGGCUGAGAUCCAAAACCAAGAGGGAAGAACUCACAACUUCAGUGAGUCGAGUUUAACGGCUUUUCCAGAACUCCCACAGCAUCAUGUCUGGGAAAAGGAGGAGGUUCUGAGUGACCAGCAGCUCUGUAGCCUGGAGACAACCUUCAGUUUGGACCAGACGGAACCAGACUCCAUGUUGACGAAUGAGGAACAGCAAGAACACUGCAUCAGCCAGCAGGAAGGGCAGUUAAUCCUGGAGCAGGAAAAUGUAACUUCUCCUUCUGAAGAGUCAAACUGCCAUGAACCAGAACCAAACGGGAACCAACCUGUAUGUCAGAUUUCACCUGGAGCUGAGAACCAAGAUCAGGAGGGACGCAGGAAUGAAAGCUCAGAAUCAAACAGCAAUAAAAAACGGACACAAAAUAAAACAUGUAAACAAAAUGAAGAUCACAUAAACAGCGUAGACAGUCCCAAACUCAAAAGGAAAACUCAGAGUGGCACGGGGUUGUUCCCAUGUAAAGUCUGUGGGAUGAGUUUUCCUCGGGGUACCAAGUUGACUCUUCACAUGAGAACUCACAAAUCUGAGAAGUCAAGUCCAUGUGAAACCUGUGGUAAAUGUUUCCAUAACUUGGCUGUUCACAUGAGAACUCACACAGGUGAGAAGCCUUUUCCGUGUACCAUCUGCAAAAAAACGUUCUCUCACAGAGGUGAUUUGACCAUUCACAUGAGGUCUCACACAGGUGAGAAGCCAUAUCGAUGUGAAACGUGUGGUAAAUGUUUCUCCAAGAGUAGUAACUUGACCAUUCACAUGAGAACUCACACAGGUGAGAAGCCUUAUUCAUGUAAACUCUGCAGACAACGUUACCCUCGGAGCAGCCAGUUGACUUUGCACAUGAGAUCUCACACAGUUGAGAAGCCGUAUUGUUGUGAAACGUGUGGUAGAUGUUUCUCCCAGAGUGGUAGGUUGAUUACACACAUGAGAACUCACACGGUUGAGAAGCCCUAUUCAUGUGAAGCUUGUGGUAAAGGUUUCUCUCGAAUUAGUAUAUUGGCUGUGCACAUGAGAACGCACACAGGUGAGAAGCCUUUUACAUGUGAAACCUGUGGUAAAGGUUUCUCUCGGAGCACUCAACUGGCUGAUCAUGUGCGAACUCACACGGGUGAGAAGCCGUAUCCAUGUGAAACUUGUGGCAAAUAUUUCUCUCAGAGAAGUAACCUGGCUACCCACAUGAAAACUCAACACACCUGAGACCUGAUCUCCAUGUUUGAGCUAUAGGAGAUUCAGCCUUCAUUAACUUUUCAUAUCAGAAUUUACAUUUGAGAAUUUAUUCAUUAAAAUGUUUUUAAUAUUUUUCCUAGCAAUGAAAUUCAACUCCGUACGUGAGAACUCCCAGUUCAGAAGCUGUAAAUGUUGAACAUUCUCAGACAUUGUAAAGGAAUAAAAAUCCCAGUUCAGAAGA